AUGGAGGGUCACUACGAGGAAAGUAUGGGUGCGACCAGGGCAGAGGGGUCGAGAGGGAAGGCGAGUGGUGAAAGUCACUGGACCAGCUCCAAGCUGGUUCUGACUCAGAAAGAAGGCGCUGAAGUCCAGGAAGCUGACAAAGAAAUCAAGGUGCCACAACCAGAGGAAGGUGAAGUUGGAGCAGAAUGUGGGGUUGAAUGCAUAGGGGCCCCUUCUUUACACAAGGAGUUUGGCGCCUUCAUUGCCAGCCGCCAAAAUAGUGGCGAUCUGAUCCCCGAGGUCGAUGGGGAGGACUUAGACUCCCCUGGUGGUCUGGGAAGAGGCCAGAAGUCGGCUGGCUUGUCCUCUUUGCAAAGUAAGAAGAAGCUGGGUGCAGAAAAGGGGUUGCUAGGUUUUCAAAAAGUGGGGGAGAAUGGGGCCAAGUUGGGGGUGUCCGGGACAGCUCAAAGGGCGAGGAUCAGCAUGGAAGCAACGCCCGACAAUCCAAGCGACGAUGCAUCAGGGACGGCGGAAGCGGCAGAAAAGCCCGGAGAAUUCACCAAAAGCGGGACAAGAAUCAUUCGGGGCAAGGGGAGGGCUGAAGUAAAGCGGUUUGAGUUGUUCCUGGGGAUGAAGGCACCGGUCGUUGAGUUGCCCCCUAGUGAACCGAUCCCCUUAUCAGCAAUGGGCUUUUCUGCCACUCCAAAGACGGCAGCUAGAAAGCAAGGGAAGAGGGGAGGGGCACAGGAGCAGACGGCAGCAAGCGGGCCAACUGCUAACGCAUUCAAAAGGAAGAAGGUUAGUGGGCCUGUAGGGGACAAAGUGCUGGAGGAUGCAAGCGUUAAGGCUGCGAGCCUCUCAGAGGGGCCAGAAGCACACCCUAGAGAGGAGUUCGCACGGAAAGUUAAGGGCUUCGCCUCGCGCCUCUUCAAAGCGGUCUCCACAAGUGACUCCCACCGCGAAAUCUUGCCCCGAUUCCUGGAACCUGAGCAACCGAAACCUCAAACCCCCGACCCUGUUUUAGAACCUGGCCAAGCCCCAGUCGUUCUGGACGCAAUGGAUCCUCUGAGGCUAGCAGGUGGAGAAGUAGGAGACGCUCCGGAGAUUGGCCUUCCGACUGAGGUGGAGAGCGUGAUUCCAAUGGUAGACUCUGUCAACGUACUGACAGCUGGACCGUUGCCUGAAGGACAAGGAGACGCGGUAGUGGUCCCUUCUUCCUUUGAAGAAAGGGCUGAAGCAGGCAGUUUUGAAGCGAGGGCGGGAGCGUUGUCUCCAUCCACAGAAAGUUUAGAGACGGAGAGUCCGGAAGCGAGGGCGGGAGUCGAGUCGGUUUUACCUGCCGAGGAGACUGCAGCGGAGCAGCCUGUUGCAGGCAGCAGCCUACGCACAAACGAGGCGCCUCCUCUGGAUCAAGCAGCUGAGGAACUAGCAUCAUCGAACGAAACCCUGGUAGGGAAUGUGGAACGAGUAGCCGGAGCUCCUGACGAGCCUGUCUCUGCGGUACCGAUUGACUCCCCCACUCCUACAGACGACAAAGUCCAACUUGCCGCCCUGGCUGAGACCCUUUGUGACCUCGACCUGGAGGAUCGAAUCCUCCUCAAAGAAGAAAGAGCGGAGUUGGGGGAAGUUGCGGAGCCGUCGUUCCCCCACUGGCUGGCCGGCCCCAGCAGUCGAGACGCUCUCCUGGUGGAUGCGGAAGCCUCCGCAGCCAGAAUUUGGGAAGGCACUGGUACCAGCAAGGAAAGCGGGGAUGGAGUCGGAAGGAGUCAGCCCAACGGGCCGACGCCAGGUUCUGGCGAAUCUGAUGCGAAAUCCGGAGCAGCGACUUCUCAGGGGACUCCUGGAGCGCCAUUUGGUAAUGGAAACGGGGCGAUUGCCAGCGGAGCCAGGGUUUUCGUCGAUCUGCGGUCCGCUAGUGGGAAUGGAAUCCCCAAGGUAGAUACGGGUCCAAGCUCUGGGAAAGAUACACUCCCAGACCGGCAAGCAAAUGGUCGUCCAAAAUCGAUUUCAAGGCCUGAGAAACCUCCUCCUGAUCCCCACCCCACUCCGACGAUUGAUCCCAGCCUAGGUUUAGCAGCGGGUGCGCCUAGCAGCGCAGACACUGAGGGCGGGGAUCUGAAAGCAACUGGUCAUGUCCAGAAGGAAAGACGGACGUCGGGGUUCGUUAACCUUGUGUCGUGGAGCAAGUGGGAGGACCCGCAAGCAAAGCCUGAGGCAGCGCCCAAGCUGGAGCUUCAGUAUCCAGAGCGUUCGACGUUUGCCGACAUUGUCGAAGGCGAUAAGCGCGUGCUAGCGAGCGCGCUCGCUUACGGCCGCUGGUGGAUGCGCUCAUGGCGGGUCCCUCUUCAGCAUGCAUACGAACCAGAGGUCAUCGGCGGUUACUUUGCACGGAGGCCUCACCUUGUCGUCGGCCGCCUGCUCCAGAUCGCGGCAGCGACCGUGGCAGCGGGCGUCCCUUCCCUGGUCGACCUCGCCAAAACGCGCGACGCUUCGGACGCUUUCGGACGGCCCGACGGGUCCGAACGCCGCGCUGCGGUGCGGCAGUCUGCGCUGCGGCUGAAAACGGCCCUGGUCGGCCUCGGCCCGACGUUCAUCAAGGCUGCGCAGUCUCUGUCCGCACGGCCGGACGUUGUGGGCGAAGAGACGGCAGCCGUGCUAGCGGAGCUGCAGGACCGACUGCCGCCCUUCAGCAGCUCCGCGGCCAUGGCCGUCAUCGAACGGGAGCUAGGCCGCCCCCUAGCGGACCUCUUCGCGGAGCUGUCAGACGAACCCGUCGCGGCGGCGUCGUUUGGACAGGUGUACAAGGGCCGCACCAAAGCUGGCGAGGCUGUGGCGGUCAAGGUGCAGCGGCCGGGCGUGCUCCGCUCGGUCGCUCUGGACAUCCACAUAUUGCGUUCUCUGCUCCAGGGCGUCCGCAAGGUGGCCAGCAUCAAUUCGGACCUGCGGCUGCUGGCGGACGAGCUCGGAUGCGGCCUCUACGGGGAGCUCGACUACCGGGCGGAGGCGGCCAACGCCGAACUGUUUGCGACUUCGCAGCGCCACCUCCCGUUCGUGGCUGUCCCUCGCGUGCUGCACGACUUCACAGCGCGGCGCGUGUUGACCAUGGAGUGGAUCGAGGGAGACCGUCCGGUGGACCUCCUGGCAGCAGCGGACGCCCGGAGCUUGUCCGCAGGGUCGUCCGAAGCGCAAACUAAGCUGCUCUCACUGGUGUCAAUGGGUAUCGAGUCGUCGCUGGUGCAGCUCCUUGAGACGGGGGUCAUGCACUCGGAUCCACAUCCCGGGAACCUGCUCCUCCAGGCAGAUGGCAAACUAGUAUACCUCGACUUCGGUCUGAUAACGCGCAUCAUGCCUCAGCACCGCGCUGCCAUGCUGGCGGCGAUUGCGCACCUGGUGAACGCGGAGUGGGCGGCGCUGACGGACGAUCUGGACGCGCUGGACGUCCUGAAGCCGUCCAACGACCGGGGGAAAGUCGCCAGGGCGCUGGCGGCAGCGUUUACAGGGGGCGCGCAGCCGCUGAUCACGGGAAGUGGGGUGCCACGUGUCAGGUUUGGACAGGUGGCCUCCAAGCUGUGGGCUAUCGCGCUGCGCUUCCGCUUCAAGCUCCCCCCCUACUUCACGCUCGUGCUGCGUAACCUGGCCUCCCUGGAGGGCAUCGGCCUGACGGUUGACCCGUCCUUCAAAGUCUUUGCCAGCGCAUACCCCCACGUGGUCCGGCGGCUGCUCACCGAGAACACGCCCACGACCCGGCGCGUUUUGCGGACGCUCCUCACGGACGGCCAGGGGGGCGUCCGCUGGGACAGGGUUGCGGCGCUCGCGGCAGGGACCUCUGGAACAGAACCGACAAAGCUGGUGGCGAGUACUGGCGCUGCUGGCGACCAUCAAGAGCGUGCCUCUCGAGCCGCUGGCAUCAUCCUUGGCAGCAGCGGCGCAGGGGUGCGGCGAGUUCUCCUCGGAAUGGACCUCGUUCGUUUUGCUGCCGGCUUCUCCUCCGCGUCAGCAGCUCCUGUCCGAGCGGUUCUCGCAGCCGCCGCCGCAGACGCCAUCGAUCGGACGCUGUUCGAAGCUCCCACCGACACACAUCUGCGGGUAUCAUCAAGUGAAACCCUCUCAGGGUCACAGACGCACUGCAGUCCCACCCGAAGUGCAGCCUUCUCUCCGGCAGCUACUGUCAGCCAGAUCGUGGCUAUCAGCGAUCCGAUAUUGACAACAGGUCUGGCCACGUUCGUCGUGUACUCGCCUUCAAGUAGGCGGACUGAAAGGGCAGUCACAAAGGAAACGGAGCGGCGAGUGCUGCUCAAACGUGCGUGGCUGCUCUUAAAGCUCAUUGCUUCAAAACCGCCCCAGGCACUUGCCGCAAGGGCCCGCCUCUUUUGGACGGCACUUCUCCUUGCUGUCGCAGUUUUGCGAGGGCUUUCGGUCAGGGUAUGGAGAAGGGUGUCUGCAGCAGUGGGUCUAGGGUACAGGCGAAUCGAAGCUGACUCUGUGCAAGUUAGAGGGUCGUAAGACCCACGUG